UUUUACCCAAAGGUGGAGAGUGGGAUCCGGACGGGUGGCGCUUGGAGCAGGUGAAGAAGCAUCGUUGUUCCAGCUGUGACUUCUGUCCUUUCUCCAGUCGUGAGUCGGAGUCAAGAAAAGACAAGCAUUCUUCUUUUGCGGCUAGGGCUCCAGUGAACUGUUGCCCAGAACCUAGGCACUUCGGACAUUUCAUCUCACUCCUUAUUCCGCUUUCACUGUAUAAAUCAUCUUCACACUUGUAACCCUGUGAAUCUCCGGUCUGCUCAAUGCUCAGAGAAGGGGUCAAACGGGAAUUUCACGUGUUUGAAAGAGAGGAUCGUCACGGACUGCAGGGAGCUGUCUAAGGUGCUGAAGCUUUCCAGGCGUCUGUCUCCAUCACCACACGGAGUAGAUUGCACAUUUUCAUUCCUGGCUUUCUCCUUCCCCAUGCCUUGGAUAAGACUAAUUUCAGGAUCGUGAAUAUCUCGUCGUAUCAUGGCCCACGUGAGACAUUUUCGAACAUUAGUUUCGGGAUUUUACUUCUGGGAAGCAGCACUGCUACUCAGUUUGGUUGCCACAAAAGAAACAGAUAGUGCAAGAUCUCGAAGUGCUCCAAUGUCACCUUCUGACUUUCUGGAUAAAUUAAUGGGGAGGACAUCGGGGUAUGAUGCAAGAAUCAGACCCAAUUUUAAAGGCCCUCCAGUUAAUGUCACAUGCAAUAUAUUCAUAAACAGCUUUGGCUCUAUCGCCGAGACGACAAUGGGUGAAGCGCUAAGCACCGCCUACCGUCAUGAAUGGUCUGUCACUCUGUCCCUCUGUACAGUCGUGAUUGGCGGGCAAGACAGCAUCGUUGACCCCGCCCCCUCUUCCCUUUGCCGCGCUGGCUAUCUCAGAUUUUACCCAAAGGUGGAGAGUGGGAUCCGGACGGGUGGCGCUUGGAGCAGGUGA